GCAGCAGGCAGGCAAGGUUCAUCUUCUCGCAGGUCUGGUUUGAGUUUGAAGGACUCAUUUCCGCCUGUGGGGGUGUUAUCUUCUUGUGAAAUCAAGUCGUAAGAACAAAAAGGUUUCCCUAGUGUAACACGUGUAUUCUCCCUCAUAUAUACUCAGGAGACCAUGUGGGUAGGUUCCUCCCUGUCUCUGUGGCCAGCAUCAGUAGGGUGUUGUCCUAAGCCCACGAUGCCGGGCUCUGCAGAGGGGCUGUGCCUAGGGGAGAGAGCUCGGGGCAGGUGCUAGAGGGAGACAUGUGCAUGGUCAGCAGCCAUCCAUCUUGGGGGCUCAGCAAGAAUUAUGGUGUGUUCCCAGCACCGAGGCUGAAAAGGAAGAAAAGUUGGAGCAUGGCGUCCCAGGCAGCAGAGGAUGGGAACCAGACCUCCUCCGGGAUGACAGAUGAUUACAGCAGCUGGUACAUUGAGGAGCCUCUAGGGCCUGAGGAGGUGCAGCCAGAGGGGGUGAAGCCGCCCUGCCAGCCCAGUGUACCACCUGCCCUGCACCAUGCCUGCCUGGCCUCCCUGUCACUCCUGGCUCUGCUCCUGCUGGCCUUGCUGGUGAAGCGUCGCAGGCUUUGGACACGCUGUGGUCACUGCAGGCCCGGACUGCCCAGCCCUGUGGAUUUCUUGGCUGGGGACCGGUCCUGGACGGUGCCCACUGCCGUCUUUGUGGUCUUCUUCAGCAAUCUGUGCCUGUUGCUCCCCAAUGAGGACCCGCUGCCUUUCCUGAGCCUCAAGACAGCAUCCAGCCCAGAUGGGGAGACGGAGACAUCAAGAGGGUCCUGGAAGCUACUGGCCCUGCUCUACUAUCCAGUCCUUUAUUACCCUCUGGCAGCCUGUGCUACGGCAGGGCACCAAACUGCAUACUUACUGGGUACUGUGCUAUCCUGGGCCCACUUGGGAGUUCAGAUCUGGCAGAGAGCUGAGUGUCCUCAGGACCCCAAGAUCUACAAGUACUACUCCUUGCUGGCCUCCUUGCCUAUGCUUCUGGGCCUCGGGUUCCUGAGUCUUUGGUACCCAGUGCAGCUGGUGCAGAGUAUCCGUUACCAGACCGGAGCAGGCUCCCAGGGGCUGCAGACCAGCUACUCCGAGAAGUAUUUGAGGACCCUCCUCUGCCCGAAGAAGCUGGACAGUCGCUCCCACCCCAUCUUCAAGCACAAUCUCCUGUCUCGGGCCUGGGCCUGCUUCCAACACUCCAUCUACACUCCACAGCCAGGAUUCUGCCUGCCCUUGAAGCUGGUGAUCUCAGCCGCUCUGACAGGAACAGCCACUUACCAGGUGGCCCUGUUCCUGCUGGUGAGCGUAGUGCCUACUGUGCAGAAGGUAAGGGCAGGGAUCACCACAGAUGUCUCCUACCUUCUGGCUGGCUUUGGGAUCGUGCUCUCCGAGGACCGGCAGGAGGUGGUAGAGCUGGUGAAACAUCACCUAUGGGCUGUAGAAGCAUGCUACAUCUCGGCUCUGGUCUUGUCCUGCUCAUUAACCUUCCUGCUCCUGCUCCGUUCCCUGGGGACUCACAGGGCCAAUCUGCAAGCACUGCACCGAGGAGCUGCCCUGGACCUGGGUCCCCCACUUCAGAGUUCUCGUCCCUCUCGCCAAGCCAUAGUCUGCUGGAUGAGUUUCAGUGCCCAUCAGACAGCCUCCAGCUGCCUUGGGCUCCUGGUGCAGCAGGUCAUCUUUUUCUUGGGGACCACCAUCCUGGCCUUCCUGGUGCUCAUGCCUUUACUCCAUGGCAGGAACCUCCUGCUCCUCAGAUCCCUGGAAUCCACGUGGCCCUUCUGGCUGACUUUGGCCUUGGCUGUAAUCUUGCAGAACAUAGCAGCCCGCUGGGUCUUCCUGGAGACUCACCAUGGUUCCCCAGAGCUGACCAACCAGCGCAUGCUCUGCAUGGCCACUUUCCUUCUCUUCCCGAUCAACACGCUGGUGGGAGCUAUAGUGGCCCUGUGGCGGGUGCUUCUUUCUACCCUCUACAACACUGUUCACCUUGGCCAGAUGGACCUCAGCCUGCUGCCACCCAGAGCAGCAACCCUGGAUCCAAGCUAUCACACAUACCGAAACUUCCUGAGGAUUGAGGCCAGCCAGUCCCAUCCAGUAGUCCUAGCCUUCUGCACCCUGCUCCUUCAUGCGCCAAGUCCUCAGCCCCGGCCCCCACUGGCCCCUCAGGACAGCGUCAGACCAGCAGAGGAAGAAGAAGGAAUGCAAUUGUUACAGACCAAGGACCCGAUGGCCAAGGGAACAGGACCUAAAGGCAGCCAGAGCAGGGCCCGCUGGGGCCUGGCCUAUACGCUGCUACACAACCCAAGCCUGCAGGCCUUGCGGAAGGCAGCCCUGAGUGGUGCCAAGACCAAUGGCACCCAGCCCUGAGGGUGAGGAAAACCACACCGUGCUGCUCUUAUGUGCUGAGGCACAUUCCUGUCUACCACCCUCCCUCCUGCUCAUGUCCCUCCUGCUCAUGUCUGCACUUCCCCACCCCCACAGCAAGCUCAGCCAGCCAGCAGAUCCUGUGGGAUCAGGGGACUGGAGUCGCUGUGUCUACACCACCAGCCUCAAGAGGACUUUGGUCUGUGCUUGUCCACCAGGCUCCCGGCUAGGGCUCUAGAGAAAACAGCUGGUGGGCCCUGAUCUUGGAACUGGCAGAGCAGAGGUAUUUAGGCCUCUCCUCCCCACACUGGCUCUGCCAUCAGCUUGCCGGGCCUCAGUAAGGCCCCUCUUGCUCCCUGCUGGUGAUGAAAGGUCUGGGUAUCUCCCAUCCCAGCUGGCCCCACCUCAGCCCCAGCCCUCCCACCAUGAAGGUGGAGCCUGUGUGGGCUUCCUCUCUGGUCAAGCUUUCUCCUUCCUCUCUCCCUACCACCCUUCCCUACGCAGCCAAGUCAGACUCCAAGAGGCCCCACUGAGCUGCCCAUUCCAAGAGCUACAUAUUUUUGUAGUUUUAAUGCCGUUAGUUGUCAUGAAAGGAGUUAGUGUACUCCCAGUAAUAAAUGUGCCCCUGAGGAACAUUCCUCCUCACAGGGGAGGGCUCUCAGGGGAAUCA